AUGCUAAUGGUGGUGGCGCGCCUAGAAGCUGAGAUGCGCCCGCCCGCCCGCCCGCCCCGGCCGACGACGAUCCUGGCGGCGGACCGGGAUGGAGGGGGUGGAAAGGGGGACCACAUUCAAGGUGCCAUGGUGCGCGGUGCUGGGUCGGCGGCCGGCCGAACCAGAAGCAAAACUCGUUUGGAUCGCCACGCGACGGACGAUCGUCGCAUUGACGACUUGUCAAUAAAUAGCCACGAGGGAACCCGGUUCCAUGUCCUGUUUCUGCCCGUUCAUCCGCAGCCCUCCUCGCCUUGGAGCCCGAGCACUUCUUUACGCUUCUCCCGGUCCUCUCAACUUACAAUCGUUGAUCGCGCAUAUAUAUGA